AUGUCGAACUGGGCAUUUCUUUUGCAGACCACUGAAGAUGAGAACAGAGAAGAGCGACAUAUAGCAAAACAGCUAGCCGAAGCCAGUCUACAACGUGCGAAGAACAAAGGAGUCUUGCUGGAUGCUCUUGUCAACAAGGACUUGGUGAGUAAGGCUGAGACCUCGGAGGCGCCUGAACCAGUCAACUUGUUAACAACUCAAGACAUUGAGAACCACCUCAGCAGCUUGGAUUUGGGACACUCGGCUCGGGCUCCUUCCGAAGCAACGACUAUUCCAGGCGAGCUUCCAGACGAGCCACUACAUGAUGUUCCAGAACGCAUUGAUCACCCACGGAGGAUUUCUGGCAAACGAGAGCGACCCGUUCAUUGCACAAAGCCUUUUUUCCACCACUUCUUUGCGAAAACAAACAUCAACUCGGAUGAGGAGAAGAUCAUAUCAGAGCUGCGCUCGUCCAAUUUGAAUGGACUACUGCACCAGUUGGCGACAGCAUUGCUAGAUUUCGCACAAGAUGUAGUGACAGAGGAACUUGAGCUGAUAGCACGGCAUGCUGUCAAGAAUGAUGGAGGUGGUCAUGUUGCAGAUUCAGUUGAAUUCGGCAAGCAACCGUGGUUUGUGAGUGUGAAGCAAGACCUUGCUUCUGGUAAUGCUACAAGUUCAGAUGAGUCAAGUUGUGCUGAGGAAACUCAUGGCGUAUUUGUCACUGCAGACAUGUUCCGCACAUUUUUAGAGGAAGAGCGUCAUCGUCCUCUUGUUGCAGAUCUACCGAAGCAUAUUAUAGAUCUGCGACAUCUUAUACUUCAGAUUGGCCGGCAUGUGUAUGAAACAUAUGGCAUUGGCAUCGUCAUCGACCAGAUGCAUGUUGUUCGCUAUGGAUCCGACGAUGGAAAUUGCACGAGAUUAAAGGUCGGCACAGCCAUGACAUGUGAUUUGAGGAGCCUCGCCUUCGUGAGUGCAACUCUCGAUACAUGGCUUCGGUAUGUGAGACCAUUCCGGCUAGCAGGCUACACCACAGCUUCGAUAAUGGGUUUAGGCUUCGUUCUACGACUAGAAGCGACAUCUUUGCAAUUGAGGCAAGUGGAAAGAUGCUUACAUACUGCACGUGCGAAGUAUGCAGACACAACGUUUCCCUACACUUUCAGUGAGAGCUUGCAGUCUCGACAAGGACGUGGCAUGGGCUGUUGCGAAGUUUAUCAUGACAGUGAUCGAUUGUGUAAGUAUUUUGUGGACAUGGUGCAUGUUGCAACCCGCAGUUUUAUUACAAGACAACCAUGGGAUCUGCCGAUGAGCUGGUCCGUUGUUAAAUCCCUCGGACUACGGACGACUAUGCUGCAGCUUCUUCCAGAAGACUCUUGCCCACGAUGUUGGUUCCAGAAUCGGGUUCGAGUGUCUGCAGGGUCAAUCAGAGGAGAACCAGGACUUGCUACAUGUCAGCAUAAAGUGUCGUGCCCAAGAGACGACAAGAAAUUCAGAAACAUUGUGACUAGAAAGUCCGCGAGAAUUGGAGAGCACAAUUGUGUCAAACUCCUUUCCGAAACCGAGAAGGAGGUGCAUCGAGAGAAGAUGGUUCUCGACAAUUAA